GAUUCUCGGCGCGACUGUAACGCUGCACGUCUGAACCGAUGGAUGCUCGGGUCGAGAUGGAGGCAGUGAUGAAUGCGUGAGGAAUAUACAAAAGAUCUGCGCAGAUUUCGCUCACAGACUGGAGCAGCUGUGGGAAAUACCAGUCACGUGAAUAACCAUCAACACCCAUGCCAUUGGCGAGACCUGCUGCGUCUUACUGGCUUUAAAUCCACAGGGGAAAAUGCAGAAAGCAACCUACUACGACAACUCUGGACUGUUUGGAGGCUACACUUACUCAAAACCAGACUCUUAUAACUACGGCCCAGCACACCAGUCCUACCCGAACAUUGACAGUGACUACCAGGGCUCGGUGUGCCCCAUCCAGACCUCUGCGGUCCGGCCACCCGCCCUCAAAGACAGUGACCUGAAUGGAGACUGCAUGCGGCAAAGCAGCGGUCAGAGUAACAACAACAGCAGCAGCAGCAGCAGCAGCAGCAGCAGCAGCAGCCAGGUGAACAGCAUUUCAGAGCAGCAGGCGCCCCCGCUGUCUGCGUCCUCCCCAAGCUCGAACAGCUCUGCGUCCCAGAAGAAGAAGUCUCCUUCCAGCAGCGCCUCCGGUGCUGCCAACCCGGCCCUCACCAAGCAGAUCUUCCCCUGGAUGAAGGAGACCCGGCAGAACUCCAAGCAGAAGAGCAACAACUGUGCUGCUGCAGGCGGGGAGGUGAGUGAUGAGAAAAGCCCACCGGGACCAGCCUCCAAACGGGUCAGAACUGCGUACACCAGCGCGCAGCUCGUGGAGCUGGAGAAGGAGUUUCACUUUAACCGCUACCUUUGUCGCCCUCGGAGGGUGGAGAUGGCCAAUCUGUUGAACCUCACCGAGCGCCAGAUCAAGAUCUGGUUUCAGAACAGGAGGAUGAAAUACAAAAAGGACCAGAAGUCCAAAGGGCUGGCGCACUCCCCCAUGGGACACUCUCCGGACAGGAGCCCGCCGCUGAGUGGCCCAAACCACACCGGAUACGCGGGCCAGCUCCAAAACGUGAACAGCCUGAGCUACGACGCGCCCUCGCCCCCGCCAUUCGCCAAACCCCAGCAGAACAUGUACGGCCUGGCCGCGUACACGGCGCCGCUGGGCGGCUGCAUCCCUCAACAGAAGCGCUACCCGGGCUCCGAGUACGAACACCACGGCAUGCAGAGCAACGGAGGCUUUGCCAACGCCAAUUUGCAAGGCAGCCCUGUUUACGUGGGUGGGAACUUUGUUGAUUCCAUGCCAGCCUCGGGCCCCAUGUUCAACCUCGGCCACCUUCCCCACCCCUCAUCCACCAGCGUGGACUACAGCUGUGCCGCUCAGAUCCCAGGAAACCACCACCACGGACCGUGCGACCCCCACCCCACAUACACAGACCUCACCUCUCACCAAGUUUCUCAGGGAAGGAUUCAGGAAGCGCCUAAACUCACGCAUUUGUAAUCUCGUUCCUCGUGAGCGUGUGUGUGUGUGUGUGCGUGCCUGUGUGUGUGUG